GUGGAGGCUACUAUAGCGAAGAAACAGUUGUUCAGCGAUGUGGAUGUUGAAGAAGAGGACGUUGAGGCCUUCCUCACACUGGAGCAGAUCAUCAACAUGGGCAGUGGGGUUGUAGACACUGAGGAUGCAAGCCGCAUCGAGCAGAUUGUUAAG